AAUAAAAUACACAUAAUUCUGAUGAAUUAUAAUUUUAAUGAAUUAUUAAACUGCUUUAGAAUAAAUCAAAGGAUAUCAACCUCACUUUGAGGAUUAUAAUUAUAUUGAUCUUUUGAAUAUAAACUCAACAUUAUAGAUUGGAAACAAUUAUAUAUAUUAUGGAUAAUUACACAAAAAUAUUAAAUAAGGAAGAGGUUGCUUAUUAAUUAACUUUAUAGGGAUUUUAUAAUCAUUGAAUGGACGUAAAUAUGAGGGAUAUUGGAAGAAUGAUUUAAAAGAUGGAUAUGGAUGGGAAUAAUUGCCAAAUGGAUCAGAAUAUGAAGGCUAUUAUUUUUAAGGAAAACCACAUGGAAAAGGGAAAUUUAUAUGGGCAAAUGGAGAACAAUAUGUAGGAUAAUGGAAUAUGGGAAUUAAAGAGGGAAAAGGUAAAUUUGAAUUCUCUAUGCAGGGAUAUGGUAUGGUUUAAAUGGUGAGUAUUAUUAAGGACAAUGGAAAGCAAAUUAAGCCUAAGGUUUUGGAGAAUAUGUUUAAAAUGGUAAUAAAUAUAUAGGUAAUUUUCUUAAUUGGAUUAAAAAUGGAGAAGGUGAAGAGUUUUUUAAAAAUGGAGAUAGAUAUUAAGGAAAUUAUGUAAAUGGAUUGCCUCAUGGAUAUGGAGAAUAUUUUUGGGUAAAUGGAGCAUAAUUUCAAGGUUAUUUUAAAGAAGGUUUACGUUGUGGAAAAGGUAUAUGGAAAAGAUCAAAUAAAUUACCAACUGAUUUUUAUUAAGGAGAUUAUUAAGAAGAUAGAAAAAAUGGAUAUGGAAUAUACAAAUGGGCUAAUGGAAAUUAAUAUAAAGGAUAAUUUGUUAAUGAUUAUAAACAUGGUUAUGGAGAAAUGAUUUACUUUGAUGGUUAAAUUGUUAAAGGUAAUUGGCAAAAAGGAAAAAUUAUUAAUUAAUUAACAACUCAGCCAAUGAUAUAAGAUGAUAAUAAUCAAUAUAAUAUUAAAAUAAUUGAUGAAACAAUUUAAUUACCAAUUAACACAAUUCAAAAUAAAAUCAUUUUAAAAAUCCCUGAUGUAGAACAAUCAUCAAAUUGUAAAUAUUAUUUAUAUAAAGAACAAACUAAAUAUCUUAAUCCAAACAUAUUUGAUGAUAAAAAUUAUUUGAUCUCUAGUAAUCCUCCAUCAUCAUAGACUCAUAGAAAAACAAAAACACUCUCAAUUAAACAAUACACUAAAGAAAGAGAAUUUAGUAAAAGCUAAGAAUGUCCAAAAGCCUUUUUGUCUAUUCCAUAAAUUGAUAUGGCAAAUAAAAUAAAGAUACAAUCCAAAUUUUUGAUCAAAUAAACACUAAAUCAAAAUUUUCACAUAAAACAAUCUAAAUUAUCUAAUCUUUGA